UUUCGGAAUCCAAAGAUUUUGUGAAUAUGGACAGUGAAAUAUCUCAUAAAGUUACUCGCGUUUCUGAUGCUACAGAAUCUUCCAACGUGUCGCCAUCUACAUUUGAGCUUGGGAAAAGCCUAGAUGAAAAUCGCGGUUCUGCUUCAAAUUUUGUGACACACCGAAAAGAAGCCAGAAAGUCAACUUUUAAAAAGGCUCCUGCUUAUUCAAUUUUACCUUUUCUUAUCAAAAAAGGAAGUAACAAAAGUUCCCAGAUUAUUACUUCAGAUGAAAAGUGUAAUAUGGAGGUUGAAAAUAAUGAAAAAUCAGAUCUGGAUGCAUGUGAAAAUGAGUUUAAUAGGUGCAAUACGAAUCAGUUGAAUACCUCUGUCAUGAAUUCAAGCACUACUGUUGAUUCAAAUGAUGAGUCUGUUCAGUUGAACAACUCAUCUAAUUCACCGGUUCCUAAAAAUCAUAGUCUUCGACUUCGACUUAGUCGACAAGGUAGUCAGCUCAUUGUUCUGCCUCCAUCUGAUUCAAUUGAUAAUCCAUCUCAAAUUUUAAAUGCAUCAUCAACAGAAAAAAAUUUUAAUAACGACUGUGGUGAUAUUAGUUGGUAUUCUUGGGCCAAUCAAUUGUUGUCUAGUGGUGAGCGGAUUGUCAGUACAUUGAUUUCAAGCGAUGAAUUAAUGGUACUUUCACCUCGCUUUAAAAACCAUACUUCGCCCUCCGAUUUAAAAGAAUUGGUUCAUGAAUUAUUGGAUCCAAUCAUGAAUGACUUAAAUAAUGGAUUAAUUAAGUCCAAGUUACAGUUUAUUCAUAAAUUGUUAUGUAUACUUGCUCAUACUGUCAUGACACGAGCAAGUAAUACCAUUCGAAAUCUCAUAGCUAUGGAGCUUUAUCAUCAAUGGUCUGAACAACUGCAAGUAAAUGUACCAGAACCGAAUUCCUCCUCAACCCCUUAUUGUUAUAAUUCGAAAACAUCCCCAUCUUGGUCUAUUGAAACAGAAGAUAAUUCAUUGGAUACUUGUAAAAAUCCUCCUACUUUAACACUUGCCUCAUCAUCGUUUAAUUCAUCAUUGUCUAGAAAAUCCAGUGAUACUGCAAAAUCUAUUCCACCACUUAUUCUGGAAGAUUGUAGUAUGAAUACUUCAGCAGAAGUUGGGGGAGGAAAACGGCGCCAUUCAAGUAUUGAAGAUGAUAAUUUAGACGUCUGAAUUUAGUUCCGUGAAACAUUUAAUUCUUUACAAAUUUAUUGAUAUUUAAGCAUUAUAUCUACCGUGACUUAUUUUUUACUUUGUACAGCUUUUCCUACUUGGAAAUUGUGACAACCCGUAAAGACUUACCAAAUUUUCAUUCUGUUCUCUUGUAGAUGAUUGCAUUUUAUACGUUCUUAUUUCAAUUUACAGUAGUAUUUCAUUUGCAUAUAUGUAUAAUAUGAUCGUAUGUAAAUGUACCUGCAGAUUGGCUAAUAUGAAUUAAGUUACUGA